GCGCUUGCCCUAGUGAAACCGACACGAGCCCCACCCACACGGCCGCACACCAACAAGCGCGCACCGAUGGCGGCCGCCGGGAACGGUGAGACCACCGCGCCGCCGCAGCAGCAGGAGCCGCCGGCGGCGCCGGCGGCGGGAGCGACGUCAGGAGGAGGCGUGAUCGCGGCGCUGGAGGAGCAGUGGCGGAAGACGAAGGAGCACGCCGAGACGUACCCCUACGUGUGGGGCUCCUACAUCCUCGUCUACGGCGGCCUAGGCGCCUACCUCGCCUGGCGCUGGGGCAAGCUCCGCCGCACCGAGGACCGCGUCCGCGUCCUCCAGGAACGCCUCCGCAAGCUCGCCGCGGCCGAGGAGUCGCAGGCCGCCUCCGGCUCCGCUUCCACUGCCCCGACCCCUCCUCCCCCGCCGCCGCAGCCGGCUGCUAGACCACCCAAGCCCGUCUCCGGCCCGUGACUGGGAGACUAGCAGUGCAGUUCAUGGUCCUCUGGAUAAGUUGACAGAAAGAGCUCAACCAACACACCUAAUGUUCCUGCUAAUUUCUAGAAUCCGCAACCUAACAUUGCCUAUUGUGAACUAUCAAGUAGUUCGUAUGAAAUUCAAUUGUAGAAAUCAAACUGCUUAGCCUCACUGUGAUGCUUUAAAAUAUUGCACUAGCCUACAGUUGGCAUCCAUAGCUUCAUUGUUUUACAAAUUUCAGGAUUAAGUUAUGAGAAACCAUCUUGAAGUUUUCUUGGGCUAUCUUGUGCCAAGUAGCUCGAACCAAAUGACAGUCAAGUCUCUUUUUAGCUUGUGCAGUUGUUUUUGUAACUACUCUACAAUGUACUGUUGUUGAAUAGUUUGCUCAAUGCAUUAUUGGUUAUCGCCACUGUUGUUCUGAAUCUUGAAAGACUUGCAUUUAACUGUGCAAUGUGAUUGUUGUACAGUUGAGAUUCGACUAAUCCUCCAAAUUCCUUUAUAUACCCCUUACUCUGCCC